AUGUGGGUUUUCCUCUUUUUGCUGGCGGCGCAGACGGCCGGGUUGGUGGGCAUGCCGGAGACUUCCAUGAUGGUGGAAGUAUGGUCAUCUUUGGUGCUGUUGCGUAUCACAGCUUUGAUUGAGCCUGAGACGCUUGAUGCGUCGCAGAAAGCGAGCAGGGCGGUAGUAAGGGCUCAGAUUCUGGAGCCGGAGCAGGACUGGGUUGCUGCGAUGAAGUGGCGACUUUGCAGGCAAGUGCGAAAUGCUCGAGGAUCAUUGGCCAUGCCUCGGAACCGCUCCGUGGCUGUCACUCUCGUUGUCUUCGCCCUUCUCAACAUCGUGGGCCAAGGACUCGGCCAGACUUUCCUUCAACACUUCAGCAAGCCCUUCCAUCGCACCCGCGCCGAAGCAGGCUACUGGCUCGCCCUCCGAGGCGCCCUCGUUGUUCUCGUCAUGGGCGUCAUGCUGUCCUGUCUGUCCAAGGUUGUCUCAUCUCCAACGGUCAGGAUAACAGCGUAUCGAAAGGAUUCAAUCCUCGCCCGCGGAUCCGCUACGUGCAUCUUCAUCAGCACUUCUUCACCGUUGGCCCGGACCUCGGCUGUGUGA